UUUCGCGAGAAAAGAAGAACGAUCCCGUAUUCCGGGAGGCAGUCCGGAGCUAUGUGAACCUGAUCAUCGAAGAUGCCGCAGGAAUUGCUCAAAUCUUGAUGGAAACGUCGCGAAGGGACACUGAGGGUCACGCCACAACGUUGCACAAGUGGGACUCGGGAGUAGUGGCCGAGAGCACCCCGGGUAUGGCCCUCGACCUCCCCGUAGUCCAGGUCGUGCCCCUCGCUGUAAAAGACGACGUCGAGGUCGGCUCUACGGCGAGUCGUAAAGUCAAGCCGUCGAUGCGGAAGGCGCUGCUCUUCAAGCUGCUUCCCCGCAAGUCCUCCGCGCAGCGGAGCCAAGGCGAGUCAAUGACCCAGAGCGUCUUCGACAAGGACGACGACCGAAGCCGGCUCAGCGUCAAGUCCAAGUACUCUAACUGGAAGAGUGUUUCGUUCCUCACGCAGAUCAUCGAGAUGCCACGACUGGAAAGCAUGAGAGCCUGGUCAUUCUCGAGGAUUGUCAUCAUCGACAUUUUGCGAACCCGCACGCAAGAUCUAGUGUGCAGUGCGAGACACACCUUCUCGGGGGAGUGGGCCAUCUUGAAGAUCGUCUGGAAGAAACGUCUCAGCGGCUUCAUCGCCAAACGGAGGUAUAUCCUUAGAGAGCGGAGGCACUGGGAAGCGCUCUCUGAAUGUCAGUUCAUCGUUGGGCUCAAGUCGUUCUUCGCCACCAAGCAGUGCUACUGUUUCGUGGCCGAGUACUACGAAGGCUGUACCUUGCAGAGCGUGAUUGAAGAGGGCGCCCUCAGAGACGACGUUAUUGUGAAGAUAGUUUCCCAGCUGACCUACGCUUUGAAGCACAUUCAUGACAGAGACAUGAUGUACAGGAAUCUGGCUCCCAGCAACAUUCUCAUAGACAUGAACGGUGUGGCUAGGAUCUUCGACAUGUCGUUCUGCUCCAAGGGCAAGACGUCCACUAGUCGCAUUGGUUCCAUUCCGUACAUGGCCCCAGAAGUCUUGAGGAUGGAGGUCUAUGACAGGACAUCAGACUACUGGUCGCUGGGAAUCCUGACGUAUGUCCUCUACGUCCGGCACACGCCGAUGUCCAUCUAUUCUGCCAAGACAGACCUGGACCACUGGGUGGACAAGGCAUACAUGUACCAAUAUGCCGAGGUUAUCCCCAUCGUCCUACCCAAGCACAUGGCUCCAGCCGCCAAGAGCUUGAUCGCUGGCCUUCUGGUCGAGCGUCCAAGACUGCGACUCGGCUGUCGGUCUACUGGAUUCUACGAGAUAAUGAAACACCCAUACUUCAAAGGAGUUGACUGGGAGAGUUUCAGCAAGCGCAAGUUCGCAACCGCGAGGAACUUUCCAAAGGGUCAACAUAAUCUGUAG